AUGAACUUACUUUCCGCUGAAAUGGGCCCACUAAGCAGAGAUUCUGGACUUGAUGUUGAGGCAUUAGAAAGCAUUCUCAAUUUUGCUGGUUGGCUUUAUUCCACUCAGUUCUGGAAAGCAAAAUUAGAAUAUAUUAUCACCUGCCAGAAUCCCUACAUUGGUUCCCUGACCUGUAGAGUCAGAACUAUUAUUGUAGGAAAAGCCAAGUGAAAGCCACUAGAACUAUCUCUACCUAAGAAAAUAAUAAACCAAAAACAAUACUGUAUUUCUGGAAUUUUCAGUGCCACCAUCAAGAAUUUGAAAGAUGCAGUGGUAAUUGCCAUCAUAUUCCCAUUAAACUUGCCUAUUUGGUCUGUACAGAAAACAGAUAGUUUCCAGAAAAUGACAGUGGGUUACUAUAAACUUCACUGCAUAGUGACUCUAAUUGCAACUGCUCUUCCAGAUAUGGUUUCAUUGCCUAAGCAAAAUAACACAUUCCCUGGUACCUAGUAUGCAGCUACUCAUCCCUCAAAUGCUUUUUUUUCCAUGCCUGUUAGUAAACAUGACCAGAAGUAGUGUGCUUCAAGCCAGCAAGGCCAGCAGUAUAACUUCACUGUUUUUCACUGAUAUACCCAGGGGUAUAUCAGCUCUCCAACUUUACAUCAUAAUUUAGUUUACAGAGAUCGUGAUCACCUUUCUCUUCUACAAGGUGUCACACUGAUGCAUUACGCUAAUUUGACCUAGUAAGUAGAGAUCUCAACUACUUUAUACUUUUUGUAAGGUAUUUCUGUGUCAGGGUGGGAAAUAAAUCGAACAAAAAUUCAAAGGCUUUCCACCUCAAUGAGAUUUCUAGGGGUCCAGAGGUUUGGGGCACGUUGCACUAUCCCUUAUAAAAUAAAGGACGUUUUGCUUCUGGCUCCUUCUACAACCAAAAAAGAGGCACGAUGCCUAGGAUGCCUCUUUGGAUUUUGGAGGCAACUUAUUUCUACUUUGAGUCUACUUCAGCCUAUUUACCCAGUGACUCCAAAAGAUAAUACUUUUAAGAAAGGCCCAGAACAAGAGAAAGCUCUACAACAGGUCCAGGCUGCUGUGCAAGCUUCUCUUCCAAUUGGGUCAUAUCAUCCAGUAGAUCCAAUGAUGCUUGAAGUAUCAGUGGCUGAUGUUCUUUGGAGCCUUUUUCAAGGCCUUAUAGGUAAAUCACAGCAUGGGUCCUUAGAACUUUGGAGCAAAGCCCUGCCAUCCUCUUUGGAUAACUACUAUCCUUUUGAGAAACAGCGACACUGGGCCUUAGUAAAUUCUGCUCUAACCAUGGUUCACCAAGUUACCAUGAAACCUGAACUGCCCCUCAUAAACUGGGUGUUGUCUGACCCACCAAGCCAUAAAGUUGGGUGUGCACAGCAGCACCAAUCAUCAAAUGGAAGUGCUAUAAGUAAGGUACAUGAAGAAGUAGCCCAAAUGCCGAUGGUCCCCACUCCAGUUACAUUACCUUCUCUAGAACUUUGGGCAAUGUAUCAGACUGUUCAUUUUUCUUGGAAGGAGAAAUGGCAAGAGGUAAGUUUAUAUACCAAUUCAUGAGCUGUGACCAAUGGUUUGGCUGGAGGGUCAGGGACUUGUAAGGAAGAUGAUUGGAAAUUUCAUAAUAAAGAUGUCUGGGGAAGAGAUGUGCAGAUAGAAUUUUUGGAAUUGAAAAAAUAAAUGAAGAUACUUGUCCCUUAUGUGACUUCUCACCGUAGGGUAGCCUCAACAAAGGAUUUUAAUAAUCAAGUGGAUGAGAUGACCUUUUCUAUGGAUAUCAGUCAGUCUCUUUCCUCAGCUACUACUCUUAUUGCUCAAUGGACUCAUGAAAAAAGUGGUCAUGGUGACAGGGAUGGAGGUAAUGCGUGAGCUCAACAUGAAUUUCCACUAAUCAAGGCCUAGGUGGCUACAGCCAUUCUGAGUGCCCAAUCUGCCAAUAGCUUAGACUAAACCAGAGUCUCUGAUAAGGCACCAUUCCCCAGAGUGAUUCAUUCAGCUCUCAGAUAGCAGGUUGACUACACUAGACCACUUCCACCAUGGAAGGGACAACACUUUAUUCUUACUGGAGUAGAAACUUAAUAUGGAUAUGGAUUUGUCUUCCCUUUGCAAAAGUCUAUCAAAACUACCAUCCAUGGACUUAUAGAAUGCCUUAUUCAUUACCCUGGUGUUCCACACAGCAAUGCAUAGGGAACUCGCUUCACAGCAAAUGGAAGUGUAGCAGUGGGUCAUGCUUAUGAAAUUUUCUCAUCUUUCCAUAUUCUUCAUCCUGAAGAUGCUGGCUUGAUACAAUAGUGAAAUGGCCUUUUGAAGACUCAGCUACAGCACCAGUUAGGUGUCAAUUUCUUGCAGGGCUGGGGCAAGGCUCAGGAGUCUGUAUUUGUUCUAAGUCAGCAUCUAAUACAUGGUGCUGUUUCUCCAAUAGCCAAGGUUCAUAGGUUCAGGAAUCAAGGGGCGGAAAUAAGAGUGGCACCACUCACUCUUACUCCUAUUGAUUCACUAGCAAAAGUGUUCCUUCUCCCCAUGACUUUAUUCUCUGCUGGUCUAAAGGUUUUAGUUCCAAAGAGAUGAAUGCUUCCGCCAGUAGAUACAACAAUGAUUCACUUGACCUGGCAGUUAAGGCUACCUCUCAGCUACUUUGAGAUCCUUAUGCCUCUGAAUCAACAGGCAAAGUAGGGAGUUAUUGUAUCAGCUGGGGUGAUCAAUCCUGAUUACCAAGGGGAAAUUGACUGCUACGCUACGGUGGAGAGAACGAAGAGUAUGCUUGGAAUAUAG